UUUUUCCCACAUUAUUUAUCCCGUAAACAUUCAAAUUGUCGGUAUUGUUCAGGAAAUACGGAAGGAAAAAAAAGAAGAUAAAAUGUACAUAAAUUAUAUUUUUUCACAAAAGGAGAAAAUCACACUGCAAUAUCACUGUCUCCUGAAAACUAAAUGCAAAAAUGAGAUACAAAUUUAAACUUUGGAUAUGUACUAAUGUAGUAGUAAUAUAUUGAGCCGAUUAUCCUUGACAAAUAAUAAAACUAAAAUAGUUUAAAAAUGUAGCAUGUAGUUGGUUUCGUGGUGUAGUUGGUUAUAACGUCAGUCUAACACACUGAAGGUCUCCGGUUCGAACCCGGGCGAAGCCAUUUUUUUGAAAAUUUUUGUUCCAGGCUGUUUUAUUUCAUUGAAAUGCCAACAUGAAGAGAGUGUGCAGAUAUAGAAGAUGGAGCUUUGCCCUACAUGCGGGUACAUGCUGCAAUAUGAAAUGCCCAAUGUGGGUCGCUCCUCGAGACUUUAUUGUCCCGCUUGCGCAUACGUUGUCCCCAUUGGGAAGGAGGUUAAGAUAAAAAGAAAGCAGCGGUUGGUGAGAAAAGAGAUUGAUCCUGUUAUCUCUUAUGAUGAAAUGAAGAAUGCCCCCACAGCUGAUGUGCGAUGCCAAAAAUGCAGUCAUGAUAAAGCUGCUUACACAGAAUUUCAGACUCGAUCAGCUGAUGAGCCAGCAACUAUAUUUUACUUGUGCUUGAAUGAAAAGUGCAGGUACCAAUGGCGUGAAUGACAUCUGAGAGGGAUAUUGGAUUGUGUUUUUAUUUCAAAUUUUUUCCUCUAAGUAGCGCAUUGGUUUUAUUUUGUUAACAGAGGACUUUGUUUUAAGGAUUAGUAAAUUGAGAUGGUAAUGAAGUUAAAAUUUUCUUUAUGCUUUUCAUGUUUCAGGAUUCAAAAUCAAAAUGUUCAAAUGAUUUAAGCUAUGUUUGGAUAUAUAGCACAAUUUCAAAUAGACGCUACAACGCAUUUCGAGAUAAAAAAUUGAAUGUGUCUUUACAUAUAAAUUAGGAUGAAAGUCUGUUCAAAUUACACUCAAGUAGUAUUUAAAUGAGUUCUUGAUGUUAUAACUUCAGUCUGCAACUAUUUACACAAUCUUUAUAUUUGGUUUAAAUGGAGGGAAAAUAAGAAGAAAUUUACAUUUCUCUUAGAAAGGUGAUAAAAAAGUAAAUAAUGUCUUUACUGCUUAAAAUAUUUUUAAUGCAAUUACAUUUAUCUAAGCAUCUAAGUUCUAAGAAGUAACUAAAAAAAUUAUUUUCGCUCAGUUGGUCACUUUUUUUUUGGUACAUUAGAAAUAUAAAUUGUGCACUCUAGGAAUUGAUCUUUGGACCUCCUCCACCCAACCUAUAUGUCCAUAUCUCUUACUACUUGAGCUAUCAUUCGAUGAUCGAUUAGUUGAUCACUAAAUUUUAUGCCAUAAAAAUAAAUUGACAAUAAA